AUGUGUAUAUUUAUCCAAGGCCCGAGCGAAGGCCGGUGUCUCACUUGGGCCGGCCCAACGAUUUGUUCUAUUAAAGCUCUGGUCCCUGCUCCUGCAAUUAUUCGCCGUUCGGGAUUUUGGUGGUGGCGGCCGACAGCCUUCGGAGCAGCACGCACGUACUACUUCGCGUCCCCCAUGGCAGCCGCAUUUGCGAGGAGCCCUGGUUCUCCUGCGGCAUUCUCUGCUGGAUCCCCCAGGCCUACUCUCAAGAGGGUCGGCACCCACAACGGCAGCUUCCACUGCGAUGAGGCCCUGGGAUGCUUCAUCAUCCGCCUCACCGACAAGUUCUCUGGUGCCGAGAUUGUACGAACAAGAGAUCCCCAGCACCUUGAAACCCUUGAUGCAGUGCUUGAUGUUGGCGGUGUAUAUGAUCCUAGCCGAGACCGUUAUGAUCAUCACCAAAAAGGAUUUCAGGAAAUUUUUGGCUACGGGUUCAGCACCAAGCUUAGUAGCGCUGGGCUUGUCUAUAAGCAUUAUGGAAAGGAGAUAAUUGCUAAGGAGCUUCAGCUUGAUGAGGGACAUAUAAAUGUACAACGACUAUACCUUGCUGUUUACAAAAGCUUUAUUGAGGCAAUUGAUGCUGUUGAUAAUGGGAUCAACCAGUACGACACUGAUCAGCCUCCAAAAUAUGUGAAUAAUACACAUUUGUCUUCAAGAGUUGGUCAUUUAAAUUUGGACUGGAUGGAUCUUGAUCAAUCUUCUGAGAAGGAAAAUGAAGCCUUUCAGCAGGCAAUGAUACUUGCUGGUGGAGAAUUCUUGGAUAGUGUAAGGUUUCAUGCUAGAUCAUGGUUACCUGCAAGAUCCAUAGUUGCUGAAUGUCUAGCUACAAGAGGAAAUGCUGAUCCAAGUGGUGAAAUUAUGGUUUUGGAUAGAUUUUGCCCGUGGAAACUUCAUUUGUUUGAGCUUGAAGAGGAUCUUAAAAUCGUACCUCUUGUUAAGUAUGUUCUUUAUCAGGAUGAAAGGAGUGGAAGUUGGAGAGUGCAAGCUGUGUCAGUUUCUCCUGACAGGUUCGAGAGCAGAAAGCCUCUUCCACUAGCUUGGAGGGGCUUGAGAGAUCAAGAACUUUCAGAUAAGUCUGGUAUUCCUGGAUGUGUUUUUGUUCAUAUCAGUGGAUUCAUUGGUGGAAAUCAAACUUAUCACGGAGCCUUGGCUAUGGCAAAAGGGGCUCUCACAUCAUGAUUCUUGUCCCUGAUCUCAAUCUCAUCUUCUUUGGAACUUUUAUCUAGAAUUUGUUACACACCAAGUGGUAGAACGUAGACAUUAUAUAAUGCAUGAGUUUCUUUGAGAUCCCUUAACAUGUAUUUAUUGAGCAGAUUAUUUUCAGAUUUUGUUCAAUCUUGUAAAAUUGUUCUCUGCUAUAGCACAUAUCAAUUAGCCAUGGUUACCUGAUUUGUUC